AUGGACGAACACGACGUGUAUGGCACGUCCUGCACUGUCGAGCUUGGAGCCUCGGUGCUUAACGCUCUGACUAUGCUGCUGCUCAUAGCCGCAAAGAAGAAUAUGUUCAUAGACGAAUCUGGACGCAUGCCGUUCCACAAUGCCAAUAUCCCUUUAAGGAUGUUUGUCAAGUAG